AUGUCUAAAGUGUUAUUGAUACGACAUCUUCCAAAAUCAUUGUCCAUUCAAGAUAAAGCACAACUUCUCAGACAUUUUGGUGCAGUAAAAGUGUGGGAAAAGAGUCCAAAAUUUCACUAUGUAUUUGCACUAUUUCCUAAUGUAGAUGUAGCGAAAUCAUCACUAAUGAGACUACAUCAACUUGAGAUAGCAAAACGAAGGCUCGUUGUAGAGUAUUCUUUUGAAAAUGAACCUACAGAAUGUAAUUAUGAUGAAAAUGAGACAAGUUCAGCAGCAACAAAGCAAAUAAAAAAAUUCCUGCAGUUACUCAAUGCCUGGAAUCCAUCUGUUAAUUUAUACCAACCACCUCCAGCUCAUUUAAAUUAUAAAUACCCGAAUUCUCAUCCUAAUACACUCAUAAACAUUAUUUAUGCAUUAUUAAAUCACAAAGCCUUCUACACACAAGCUUUGCACUUGAUGAACAAAAUGUCUCUUAGUUUGCCAUUUGAGGAAAAUAAAACGGCAAUUUCACUAUUCAAAGAUACAUUUAGAUACAUAUUCAAAGAUGAAAUUGCAGCUAUACCACCUCCAGCAAGUGAAACAGAGUCAGAAUUAUCAAGUGAUGAAAGUGAAAAGCAAACAAACAAACCAGUACCUACGUCUAUAAAAAGAUUGCAUAAGCUUCCAGUCACAAGAAAGAGACCAGCAGCCAUUCUGUCUACUGCUAAUUUACCCAAAGCAAAGAAAGUUGCUGUAAGUCAAGAAGAGGUAUUUGAGAAUGUUACACCUCUGCCAGAACCCAAAAAAAUUGCAGUUUUUGUUAAUCAGGAUGCACUCUCCAAGCCUUCUGAAGAACCAGAAAUAAUUGGAGAACUUGGUAAAUUUGAAAAAGAAGCUGAACACACAACAUCUGAGACGAUACCUCUAGAGACUGAAGAACCCCCAAUAACCAGGAAAGAGUUGCUUCAAAACAGACUGAAUUACAGUGAUAUGAAAGUGCUGCCUGUAUUUAAAAAUUAUCACCCUGGCCAACCAUCAAUGCGGUUAUACAUAAAAAAUUUAGCUAAGUCCGUGACUGAUCAAGAUGUAAAAAGAAUUUACAAGCAUUACGUUAAUGAUAUGCCAGAUGAAGAAAAUAUAGGUUUUGAUGUAAGAGUAAUGCAAGAAGGCAAGAUGAAAGGGCAAGCAUUUGUGACAUUUCCCUCAGCCAAGAUAGCUGAGGUAGCAUUGAAUGAGACCAAUGGAUUUAUUUUAAAAGAUAAGCCUAUGGUUGUCCAGUUUGCUAGAGCUGCAAAUAAAAGAACUGUUGAAUGA